AACAUUGAACAUGCGUGACGGUUUAUUUAAUACGUACACCAUCGAAUGACAAGUUCGAAAAUAAAAAGAAGUAUUUGAAACAAAACAUUUAUAUAUUUUUAAUAAUAUUUUUAUAACAAAUUUAAGUGAGAUACAAGAAUAGAAAUAUAUUCGUAACAAGUAACAAGUUCGUUUGUUUAUUGGUUAACAUCCGCCAUUUUGUACAGUCGUUUGUUUAGUGACUAGUUUGUUUGAAAGUGCUACUUUAAAAAUUAAAAAGAAAAUGUUAAUUGUAAAUGGAAUUACAAUGCUUUUAUUAGAAAAUCUGCUGACAAAGUGGUACUGCUGAAGAUAGGAAGCUGUCAAUCUGACAUCAAGUUUGGGUUUGCGAAUUGCCGGAUGUGUUCUACAAUUGGUUAAGGCUAUUUAACGUGCCACCUCGAGUGGUGUACGUGUUGCGAGACCUAUGCUGCCAAGAAUAUGAGUGGUAUCGGGAACCAGCUACCGUUGGCGCCCUCUCAGUGCGGGCCCGGAACAUAUCCAAGGGCGUCAACACCACACAUGACGAUUCCCGCAAACGUCGCGGACCGCUAUCACCCGGGCGGAGCCGCGGGGCCGGGGUACAUGGGUGGUAACGGCACUGCAGGGGCCCAGCCACCGGCCCAGACCAUGAGGGCCCCGUCAGCGCCUCAACCUUCCGCACCGCCACCACCGGAAAUGUCGAAGACUACAAUGGCAGGACACAACUACGCAUCGACCACAUCUAACGCAUCGCAACCGGGCCGACAUCAAUACCUAAACUUUCAGUUUCGUGCCGCCCAACACUCGACAAGACCUAAUUCGCAUGGCAGACAACAACAACAGUACAUUCCGGGAGCGGGAAGCACUUCUGGCGGACCAGUGAUGUACCACCACCCGAUGUUGUUCCAGACCGCGCAUAUCCCGAUACAGCAGACAUACCAGACGCCCAGGUCUACCACGCCGGGAGGAUACUACCAGUACAUGCCUUAUCUCGGAUAUUCACCCACUGGUCACGCACCACCUUACUACUAUGGUAAUGGUCAGCAAGUUGGUGCCAACGGCGGCGGUAGAGCGAGCCAGAGUCCUCUGGUCGUGUCCAACACGCCCACACCAACGCCUAUGUCGCACGUGUCCUCGCAGCUGCCGCACGUGCCGCUCAAUGUCCGACAACUGCCGGCAAAGCGCCUGUCACACCGAGUUCCAAUUAUCAACCCCAUCACCCAGCAAUCUAUUUUUACUGAAGAAUUCUCUAACGACAAUCAAAAUGCAAGCGGAGAGUCAAGCGAAAGGCAAACUCCACAACCGCAGGAUGCUCGUGUUAUUGUGGAACAAUUCAAUCGGAUGGUAAGCGCAGCAGCAAUGGAGCCAUCGAAGCAUAGCCCCGCCAAGUCCAAUUACGCAUUGAAAGACUAUCAAGUGCCUGAUGACCUGGCUGACACGCAACUUCAAGAGAACGAAAUAAUUACUUUAAAUAUAAAUGAAAAGUCUGAUAUGUUGAAUGAUAGUGAUGUAAGUGCAGAGCAACACGAUGUGGUCACACCAGUUGUCUCUGCCGUCUCCGAUAUUCCUCUCAUAGUGCCUAAAUCGACAGUUUAUGUUACAAACUCAAAUAUUAAUGAACAGAGUCAAUCUAUAGUAGAUAGUAAGUUUCCGGAGAAACCAAAUGUGCCUCAGAAUGAAACUCAGUCUGAUGUGGUUAUAUUGCAAGACGGGAAGGUGGAAGUACAACCAUAUGAUCAGACAGCGCUAGAGUUACAACCAUCAGAGCAGCAACCUGAAGAGAUGAAACAAAUGCCUCAAACACAGAAAGUACGCGAAACCAAGGAGCGUACCAAGCUAGACGAAAAACAAAGACGAAUAGACAUUAAUGACAAAAAUGUCCAAGAGCUAGAUGUCCCUAAACGAAAUGGGCCCGCCUCUGUUGUGAUUAGUUCAAUUGAUAGUAACUUGGAAUCUAUCAAUUCUCCAACUAGUCAAAACAGUACUAUAGAAACAAUAGACUCUCUUGCUCAGAUAGGAACAAAACAUAAAUCAUCUACAUUAGAGACUGAGCCACUCCCUAGCAUAAUAUCUGACACUAAUAAAAGAACAUUCCUAGAAACUCAAGCUCUUGCUGCAAAAUUACUCCCAAGUUUUGAAAAUAUUGCCAAAGACUUUCCAACUGAACCAGCAGCUUCUAUAAGUGAAGAAAGUGCUAGCCCUGCACAGGCCAAACUCACUCAGAGCAUUGUUAGUGCUGCCAGAAAUAAUACUGAUACUAAAAUGAAAGAUAUUAAUCUGAACAAUACAAAUGCAGAUGCAACCAAUGGUAAUAUGACCAGUGUAGCAGAGCCUAUUAAUGAAGGGAAUAAAACUGACAAACGAAUCAAGAAUUUAAAGAAUAAUAGUAAGAAAAAUAAGAAUGCUAGUUCUGAACAGCUAAGGCCCGAAGAAGAAGUGAGUCAAGAAAAUGGUGAAAAUGAGACUGAUAAGGUAGAUGAGAAUAUGGAAAUUGAAGAAGAGGUGUCGAUGGAGAAGCCUGAGGAGACCCCUGCAAGGACUGUGCCUGUUCCUAAAUAUAAAUAUGGUGAUGAUCAAUGGUCACCAUCAAAUACUUCUGGUAAGAAGUGCUACAAUCUAAGGCUGUUGAUGCAAAUCAAGGAUGAUCCACUUUCAAAGGAUAAACCUAAUGCUGCUCCAUUACUUGAAACAUGGAAUGUGCUGAGGCCAUCACCAAUUCAAGAUUCAAUGGUGUCAUUCAAUCAAAUAACACGGCCUGUAAAUGACUCACUGUUUCCCAAUUUCUUGAAAAAUACAAAUGUUGGGAUGCGUAAUACACUUCCAAGAGAUUCAAAGAAGGAAGGAUGGAAUGCAGUUACACCAGGUAAAGGUAGUAUGAAGCUGAGUCCACCCUCAAGUGGUGGUAGUGGUGCUCACAAGAAUGUCAUUGUAGUGUCUCUGUCCCUACGUGAAGAAGUGAAACUAAAUAAGUCAGAUGAUGCAUGGAAACCAUCCAGGUUCAAAAAGGAGGAUCUUAGUGAAGAAGAGGUGAAAACGCAGGAAUUGUACAAGAAAUUCCGAGGCAUCUUGAACAAGCUGACACCUCAAAAAUUCGAAACACUUCUGGAUAGAGUCAAGACACUUGAGAUCAACACACAGGCCCGAUUGCAAGGUGUCAUAGACCUUGUCUUUGAAAAAGCCAUUGAUGAACCCAACUUCUCUGAAGCAUAUGCUGCUAUGUGUAGCAAACUUUCCACACUAAAGGUACCAUCUGCCAACAACCCCAACCAGCGUGUGAACUUCCUCACCUUAAUCAUUACCAAGUGCCAGAACCAGUUCAUUGCUGAGAAGGUUGAUGAACAAGUGAUGAAACGGGAAAAGGAACUAGCUGAAUGCACUGACCCUGCGAAAAAGAAAGAACUGCAGUUAUUGUUGGAAGAAGAGUUGAGGCGCUGCAGAAUGAGGUCCGUUGGAAAUGUGAGAUUUAUUGGAGAGCUAUACAAAUUGAAAAUGCUAACACCUAAAAUUAUGGUGUAUUGUAUGGAUUACCUGAUCAAAAAACUUGAAGAGGAGAAACUUGAGUGUCUCUGCAAACUCCUGACCACUGUUGGGGAGCAAGUUGAGAGUGAAGUUAAAGACCAAGUAGAGGGCAUAUUUAAGAAUAUGCAGGAUAUAGUGGAAAAGAAGGCUAACAAGAUUAGCAGUCGUGUCCGUUUCAUGUUGCAAGAUGUCAUUGAGUUGAGGAGACGCAAGUGGGUGUCCAAGAAUGUUGUGGACUCACAACCCAAGAUGAUGGAUCAGAUACAGAAGGAAGCUGAGCAGCACCAGAGGAAUAUUGAGCUUAUGAACACUGCACCUAUGGGUGGCGGUGGUGGGUUCCGUCGGGACGAUGGCGGACGAGGUAAGCGUGGUGAGCGUGGUGAUGGAAGACGGCAGAAUGCCAACUCGUUCAUGGACAACAACUGGAAGACGAACACAAGGAACAGCUACGUCGUCGACACGACAAAACUCAAAGCAGCUACAAACAGUCCCAAGAACCUCAGCAGCAUUAAGUUGGCUCCACCUGCGUGGAACCACAGCUCCAAUAUCAAGAGUAACACACAGACUGCCAGUAACUCGAUGAUCAGUCUCAACAAGAAUAUGUACAGCAUCCUAGAAAACAAUCAAACGGACCCGACAUCACUCAUUAAAGAUAUGACUCCAGCUGCUUACACACAUUCGAAGUCUAUUGAAAGGUCAACCUUCAAUUCGACCGACGAAUUCAGCCCGGCGGCUCGGUCUGGUUCGACGAGCUCAGCGCGGUCAGAAUUGACGACCAGGUCGCCACCACCAGCGCCCUCUACCCCGGUAACGUCGCCGCAGGAGCCUGUGCCCGAAGAAAAGAAGAAACUCAUUAAGCAGAUGGUAGAGUACUGCUGCCUGAACAACGAUGCCAACGAGCUGGUGGAAGAGAUCAAGCUCUUCGGUUCGCACCACCACGCCGCCAUCAUCAGCGAGAUACUAAAUGUAGCUUUGGAGAUGAGCGCGAAGGAGAUUGUCGUGCUGUCGGAGGCGGUCCUGCACGUGGUUAGCUCGGGCACCAUCGCGCCUGAGCACUUCGCCGCCGGACUCACUGAGUCGCUGGAAUUCGCGCCCGAUUCCUACAUCGACGUCCCGAUGCUAUACGAAUACCUCGGCAAAUUCAUCACGCCACAACUCAUCAAGAAGAACAUAACACUGAAGGAUGUGCACCAAUGUUGUGAUACCGUGAUAGCAGCAAAGCAAGGGCACCUGCUUCUACGAGCCAUCCUAAAAGAACUCAUAGAGAGUAUGGGAGUUACUUUCACAAGGAACAAGUGGAAUGAGUCUGGCCUUCAAUUUAACCAGUGGAUGCCUGAGGAGAUGGUGCCGAAAUGGUUAGAAAACAAUAAGCUGGAAUUCCUCGAGAACAAAGGUGAGGUUGAAAACUCAGGGAAGAGUACCUUGACUCAAGUGGAGACCCAGAACAAGUUGCUUCAGUUGAUGAACAGUGAUGAGAGUUGUGAGUGUAUCCGUGGAUGGAUUAAGGACUGCGUGGGCGAGGCUGCCGGCGAAGAGUGGUUCAUGCGCGUGCUCACGCAGGCCAUCUGCGAGCACGCGCUGGCGGGCGGCGAGCAUCUGAACCACGAGCGCAUGAAUAAGUUCGCGCCGCUCAUUGGCGAGUUCGGCGACGAGAAGCCACGCCGCGAGGCCGCCUGUCUGUAUGGCGUACAGCACCUCAUUCACAAACUGGAGCACCCGCAGGGCCUAACGUUAGACAUAUUCCAAUAUCUACAUGAACAAUACAUAAUAUCAGUGGAAGGAUUCAUAGCUUGGGAAACGUCAGAAACGGAACCUGAAGGCAAAGCGGUGAUGUUGAAAGCGCUGACGUCAUUCUUCACGAACAUCAAGGAGGCGGACAACGAGGACUCUUGUAGUGAGGCCUGACGCGGGCCUGUCGCGCAUCUUGCGCGGCUCCCCAAUCAUCCUCACAUAGACUUAUACGUACAAUAUGUUGUUGCUGUUACCUUGUAUCAUAUUUUCACAAAGCGUGUCAAAAGCGUUCAGAGAUAUUGCAAUAUUUUCUAGCAAUCGUUGAAUAUUUUUAAAAUUAACUUAUUUGCGAAGAAAAACGGGCAUCUAAGUAAUGUAUCAAUUUUAUUAUUACUAUCGGUUAGUGUAAUGAUUUUCGGCAGUUGUAUCCUGAUAUUUUUGUAAAUUAGUAACGGAAGUUUUAAUUAAAUUAAUGAGAAAUAGUGUUAAUGUUCCAAGUGCCUAGUAAAACGAAAAAUAUUCAUAAAAAUGGCCUUAUAUAGAGAUGCGGGCUCUGUCUGCAUCUUCACUGAGUGCUUCACAGAGUGAUUCCAAAACUGCGCGUUUAUAUAGACAAGUCUAGACCUUAUUGCCAUUUCACAAAGGCCGUAAUUUAUAUAGUUCUCCGUUAGUCUGUGUAGACGGCUGCACUGAUCUUAUUUGUGAAUUUGUGAUCUACCUAAAGGUUACAGACAUGCUCAAUGGCUUUAUGGUCUAACUUUUAAUGGAUAUUAUCAAACUGUGAAGUUAAUCUCUUAGUAUGCUCUAUUAAAAACAAAAUAGUUAUAUUUAAUAAAAAAAUAAAUAUUUUGAAUACGAUAAAUAGAUACAUAUAAUUUGUUUAGCUAGGUGUUGCGAAGCCGGGUCGCUGUUACGCGCAUAUCGCGCCAUAUCAAAUAUUUAAAUAAUGUGGAAAGAAUAUUUAUUGUUAUUUCAAAACUACUCGCUUGAUCUGGUUGUAAUAACGUCUAGUGUAUUUGUAUACAAUUGGAAUAUUACAAGCCAUACAAGUUUCAAGUGUUUUGAAGGACUUAAAGAUAUUUCUGUUAUGUAUUGGUAUCAGUGUCCAUUUUGGAAGACUAAUCCGAACGUUCCAAUUAUCUUAUUUAUUCCUAAAAUAUAGGACAAGAUAACAUGUGAGUUCCUCAAAACAUGCCUCGCCGACGUCUGUGUUCACCAUACACCAUACAGUGAUACCGUGACUUAGAGUAACAUCCUAUCCCUGCAGUCUUCGCAAGUCUGUUCAAUUGCGAGCGAAGUUAUCGUAACUACUAACUAGUUUGUCGAGUGAAAUAACUUUAUCCACUCCUCGUUUUUUAAUUCUAUUUUAUUUAAAAAGAGUAACUUAUUUCCUUUUAAAACCAUUUAAAAUUUGGAACGCGCUUCUUUAAAUAUUACGAAAAAUAAAAACAUUCUUUGUCAAAAUUUUAAACGUGUUUUGUUAAAGUUUACGACUGGACGAAUUAACCAUGGGACACAAGACUUAAAAAGAUUAUUAUAUAGGAUCACGAUAGAUAAAUAUUCGCCGUUUGAGGGGGAGAAUAUAAUUGUCAAAUAAUGACAGUUCUUGAGAAGUGCUUAGAGCUUGAAGCUCUAUACAAAUUAAAACGGCGGGUAAAUGUAUGAAUAUUACGUAUAGUCCCACCAAAUAACAUAUUGAACAACAUCUUAGAAACAUGAUCAUGUACAAUGAGUACUUUUAAAAAUUUCUUAUUAAGUAUGUAUUUUGGGAGUGGCUAGAGGGGUCAAGGCGAGUCCUGUAGUUAAUUCAUCCAAUAUUAAGUAAACAUUUAGUAACAGUUUUACAUUUAGAACAUGCUUUUUUUAUACAUUAGUACUUUCUAUUAUAUCCAGCCGGAGCUCUGUCGUAUUGUAGUUUUUUUUUUUAGGUCGAUAGAAAAUAAGCGCCCGUUUUUUAUGCAAAUAUGUAUAGUGAAAAUUAUUAACGCAAUUAUUUAUAUUUUUAAUUAAAUUAAAUAACUAGUAUCAAAUUAGUCGUUGUUCCCUAGAUUGGAGAUUUUUGAAUUGCUUACUAUUUUAUGGCUUGAAUUUUGUUAGCAGACAAUUUUACGUUUCAACAAUAUUAUGUACUCCUUCCUCAACUAAAUGUGCCGGCAUCUUCUCUAGAUUUGGGUUCUUUUGCGAAAGAAAUCUUAUUUUCAAAGUAAGCCGCUUUCUCCCUUAACUAAAUUAUGUAUAAGAUUGCGAUAAGUGUGUAUGAUAUGAUUGUGGAUGUAAGAUUAUAAUGUAUGAAGUGAGUUAAGAACCACUUAAGUAACCACAUGAGUCGCCUUUCAAAAAUUGAAAGGAUUUUCAUGUAUUUUAUUAUUUUAAUAUUUUUCCUAUAAAUAUUUGUUUAAACGUUCAAAAUUAUUCCUCUUUCACUUAGUCCGACCUUUUAGUUGAACAUGAUUAUGAACUAUAUGCUCAAUUUAUAUCUAAAAGUAUAUGUAAUGCAAGCUGAAUUAUGGCGCGUAAUAGAAUUAUUUCAUGAAUGAAAUGUAUUUUGGUUUUCGCAAGAAAGCUUAUGAUAUUUUAAUUAUUUUUAGUAUGUUAUAUGUAUCGCAGAAAUCAAUUAUUCUUGUCAAAUGUUGAAGUUCAUUUUUGAUAUGUGUGUAUAUCACACUUUUAAUGUUUUUUUUUUCUUAAUAUUUUCAAGAUGGGGAAAAAUUUAAUUUGCACUGAAAGGAUCGAUUUUUUAUGUACAAGAUAUUUUUAGUUUGUUUCAUUAUAUAAAUUAUUUACCUUCGCAGAAUUUGGAAUGGUACACGGGAUUUUUAUGUAUUGUAUAGGAACAGCAUAUUAAUAUGUAAAGAGACGCAUAUUUGCCUCAAUCACUGAUGCGGGCUUUAAAAUAUUUAUGGAUGUGAAAAUUUAGUACGGAUGAUGAAUAAUUAAUGAGCGAUAUUCUUUGAAUAUAAUGUAAAUCAUACGAUACAUUUUAUUUUAAUAAUUUUAAAAUAUACUAAUAAAAAUGUAAAAAAAAAUAUAUUAUAAUAAACACCCCUCGACAGAGGAGGUAUCAGGUAUUUUAGCGGGCGUAUAAUUCAUAGUGUAAUUUUAGAAAUAUACGAAAGAAAAUUCGUCGCUUUUAUACUUUUUAAAUAUAAUAUUGAUAUAUUAUUAUGAGAGGAUGUUGAUAUAGCGUGGUGUCUGGAGUUUGUUGCGGGGCUUGUUCUAGUUGUGGUCAAGUCGCGGCGGCCACCAAGCGUGCACGCAAUCAUUGUGACGUCCAACACUAUGCCACCAAGCUAUCGGAAUAAUAAUAUUAUGUAAUCAUAGUUAAGUUUUAUAUGUAUGUAAUUAAAUUAAAAUAUAAAUUUUUAUUGUUCAGUAAUUGUAUUUUAAUAGUAAUCUUAAUAAUUUUUUUAAUAGUAAAUUGUUUUUUUUUUUCAACUUUUAAGUGGGUAUUUGAAUAAUUGGCCCGGCUUACACUCAUCGCGCGACUUCUGCGCCAUGACCUAACGUCACCUAGCUCGCGGAGUUAUUUUAUUAUGUAAAUAAAAAUUUUUACAACUA